GAAGAAGAAGAAGUAGUCAGGGAAAGAUGGCGGCCCACAUACGGCUGUCCUUGCUGUUCCCGAAAAACCUGCCUCCCCUUAGGAACCAAAAGCUUCUCCACACCGAAGCAGCGGUCAAGGAGCCCGCGUAUCCCCCUAUUGUCCCUUCUCUCACGGCUAAAAGUAAAUCUGCCCGUCAGCGGCAGGUAGCGGAGCAGGUGAAGAGGAUCUGCGCCUCCCCCGUGGAGGAGAAGCUCUCCCUCAUCACUCGCAUCCAACGGAAGAAAUUUGUGGUUUACCCUCAGACUUUCUCACGUAACGCAGAUAGAUGGUACCAGCACUUCACGAAGACCGCUUACAUCCCCGGUCUGCCCGAAAAAUUCAGCCUGGGUCAGGAGAGGACCCAGGGGCCGGAAGGGGCAGAGGGGUCGCCGGCAGCCACAGCCUCAGUACCCGGAAUUGAUAAAGAUGCGUUCAGGGACAUCCGCUCUCUGGUUUCCCAUGUGAUUUUACAGGAUCACUGGCACAUUAAGAAAAAAAAGCCGUUCCUGUACAGAGAGCAGGAACAGGUCAUUGGGCCACAGCUGAGGAACCUGGUGUCUGGACUCACCUACAGCCUGGCCCGGUACAACCCACUGCUCCAGUACUCCAGUCUAGAUCAGAGCCCUCAUGUGAACCUCUACUGGCGGAGAGGACAGCGGAUCAUCCCAAAGGGGCAUCGGAAAGGACGACUGGAGCCGACCAGAUUCCAGAUUGAUGAUAAACCACACAGUCAGAUUCGGAUCACUCAGCAGCUGCCACAGUUUACUCCUAUGGAGGCGUCGUAUACAGCUGAAGUACCAGAGAUAUCACAGGCUCCCAAUAUGAUGCCUCUGUUCAGGAGACAAUAUGACAACCACAUCUUCACAGGUGCAAAGAUCUCAGACCCAGCGUGUUACGGUCACACUCAGUUCCACCUGGUACCAGACCGCUACCACAGAAACCGGAUGACCCGGCAGCAACAGUCAGACCAGGUGGAGGUCUUCCUCAGAGCCAACGGCCUCGCCAGCCUCUUUGCCUGGACAGGAGCUCAGGCCAUGUACCAGGGUUUCUGGAACCACGAGGACGUGACCAGGCCGUUCGUGUCCCAGGCUGUGAUCACCGAUGGUCAGUUCUUCUCUUUCUUCUGCUACCAGCUCAACACUGUUGCGCUCUCCGUGGAGACAGAUGCCAACAACCCGAGGAAGAACCUGCUGUGGGGCACCGAGAGCCUGCGACUGUACGACAGUGUUCAGGAUGGAGAAGUGAUUGGUUUGAACGAAGACGUCAUCAAGCUCCUCAUCCGUUUCCUCAUGAAUCAGCCGUAGAUUUCAGCUUGGUUAUCUUUAAACUCAUGUGUCUACCUUCAGAAAACCUGUUGAGUUUCAAUCCCAAAAUGGAAUGAAACCAAGAGAGACACUGAACAAAAUAGUAACCCUCAAGUACCGACAACCUCCUGUACAUGUGGCUGUGAUGAUUACUGUGCAGAUUGUAUUUAUACAGAUUAAACAAUGCUUUACAAAUGUU